UUAAUAAAAUUCAAAAAAAAUUAAUACUUUGAUAGUUGUUUCUAGUUUAGUUGGUUGAUAUAUUUAUUUUCUAAGAUAAAAAAUUAAGAAAUGGAUCCUGAUAUGCAUUAAUAGGAUGAACUAUACCAAUAAUAAAUGUUUUAAUAACAAUAGCAUCAACUAUAAUAUAAUGGUGAAGAAAAUAUGCCUUAUGCUAAUAAUAUGAGACAACCAUCUUCUUCUUUAAAAAAAUCAAAGAAUUCCCUUCCUCAACCUGAAGGUGAUAUUGAAGAAUAUAUGGAAGUGUUGCUUGAACAUUAAAAAAACUGCGAAAAGAGUGGUAAGUAUGUUGAAGCAGAAAUGGCAAAACGCAGACUUGCAGAGUUAAAAGUUGAAUUCGAGAAGAGAUCUAAAACUGAGAUGAAAUAACGCCAUUAAUGCGAGAAACAAGAAAUUGAAAAGGCUCAUUUGAGUGAAUACAAUGAAUUUAAUGAAUUUUGGGAUAGAAAAAUGUUAGAAUUCAAUUAAGAAGCUGAGAGAGUAGAGAGAGAAACAGUUAUGAGACACCAAGAAGAACUUAGAAAAAUUUAAGAAGAAUUAGAUCAACAAAUAAGUUAGAAACCAAAAGACACUGCUGAAUUAUUAAAUCUUAGAAAGACUGAAGAGCAACUAGCUAAACAACAAGAAUAUAUGGAAGCUCACAAAAUUUAGCAAAGAAUUUUCUAAAUUGAAAAGGAGGAAUUUGAAAAAUGGAAUUUCCAAAGAAACCAAAAAAUCAGAAAUAUUAUUUAACAAAUGAAAUAACGUUAAUAAAAUGAAUUAAACGCCCUUAGACAAAGAAUUUAGUCAGGACAAGAAGAACAAAAGAAAAUUAGAACAUAGGAACUUGAGAAAUUAUUAUAAAAAUACAACAAUGUCAAAAAAGAGUUAGAAACCACACAAGUUUAAGAGCAUUCUAGAAUGGAAAGAUCAUUAAAAAAUGGAUCUGUAAUAAAUGCAUCAAAAAUCAUGAACCAAUCAAGAAUUUCAAAUGCUUCUUUUGCUAAAGCAAGCAAAAAUAAUUAAUACUGA